AUGAAGUCUGGCUCCGGAGGAGGGUCCCCGACCUCGCUGUGGGGACUCGUGUUUCUCUCCGUCGCGCUCUCGCUCUGGCCGACGAGUGGAGAAAUCUGUGGGCCCGGCAUUGACAUCCGCAACGACUAUCAGCAGCUGAAGCGCCUGGAAAACUGCACGGUGAUCGAGGGCUUCCUCCACAUCCUGCUCAUCUCCAAGGCCGAGGACUACCGAAGCUACCGCUUCCCCAAGCUCACCGUCAUCACCGAGUACUUGCUGCUGUUUCGAGUGGCUGGCCUCGAGAGCCUGGGAGACCUCUUCCCGAACCUCACAGUCAUCCGUGGCUGGAAACUCUUCUACAACUACGCACUGGUCAUCUUCGAGAUGACCAAUCUCAAGGAUAUUGGGCUUUAUAAUCUGAGGAACAUUACUCGGGGGGCCAUCAGGAUUGAGAAAAACGCCGACCUCUGUUACCUCUCCACCAUAGACUGGUCUCUCAUUUUGGAUGCGGUGUCUAAUAACUACAUUGUGGGGAACAAGCCCCCAAAGGAAUGUGGGGACCUGUGUCCAGGGACAUUGGAGGAGAAGCCCAUGUGUGAGAAGACCACCAUCAACAAUGAGUACAACUACCGCUGCUGGACCACAAAUCGCUGCCAGAAAAUGUGCCCAAGUGUGUGCGGGAAGCGAGCCUGCACCGAGAACAGCGAGUGCUGCCACCCAGAGUGCCUAGGCAGCUGCCACACACCCGACGACAACACGACCUGCGUGGCCUGCAGACACUACUACUACAAAGGCGUGUGCGUGCCUGCCUGCCCGCCUGGCACCUACAGGUUCGAGGGCUGGCGCUGUGUGGACCGCGAUUUCUGUGCCAACAUCCCCAACGCUGAGAGCAGCGACUCGGAUGGCUUCGUCAUCCACGACGGCGAGUGCAUGCAGGAGUGCCCCUCGGGCUUCAUCCGCAACAGCACCCAGAGCAUGUACUGUAUCCCCUGUGAAGGCCCCUGCCCCAAAGUCUGUGGCGAUGAAGAAAAGAAAACGAAAACCAUCGAUUCGGUCACUUCAGCUCAAAUGCUCCAAGGGUGCACCAUCUUGAAGGGCAAUCUGCUUAUUAACAUCCGGCGGGGCAAUAACAUUGCCUCGGAAUUGGAGAACUUCAUGGGGCUUAUUGAGGUGGUGACCGGCUACGUGAAGAUCCGCCAUUCCCAUGCCUUGGUCUCCUUGUCCUUCCUGAAGAACCUUCGUCUCAUCCUAGGAGAAGAGCAGCUGGAAGGGAACUACUCCUUCUAUGUCCUGGACAACCAGAACUUGCAGCAGCUGUGGGACUGGAACCACCGGAACCUGACCAUCAGGUCAGGGAAAAUGUACUUCGCUUUCAAUCCCAAGCUGUGUGUCUCUGAAAUUUACCGCAUGGAGGAAGUGACCGGAACCAAGGGACGCCAGAGCAAAGGGGACAUAAACACAAGGAACAACGGAGAGCGAGCUUCCUGUGAAAGUGAUGUUCUCCGUUUCACCUCUACCACGACCUGGAAGAACCGCAUCAUCAUAACCUGGCACCGGUACCGGCCACCAGACUACCGGGAUCUCAUCAGCUUCACAGUUUACUACAAGGAGGCACCCUUUAAAAACGUUACGGAAUAUGACGGGCAGGAUGCCUGUGGCUCCAACAGCUGGAACAUGGUGGAUGUGGACCUACCUCCAAACAAGGAGGGGGAGCCUGGCAUUUUACUGCAUGGGCUGAAACCCUGGACCCAGUACGCUGUCUAUGUCAAGGCUGUGACCCUCACCAUGGUGGAGAACGACCACAUCCGUGGGGCCAAAAGUGAAAUCUUGUACAUUCGCACCAAUGCUUCAGUUCCUUCCAUUCCCCUAGAUGUCCUCUCAGCAUCAAACUCUUCCUCUCAGCUGAUUGUGAAGUGGAAUCCCCCAACUCUGCCCAACGGUAACUUGAGUUAUUACAUCGUGAGGUGGCAGCGGCAGCCCCAGGAUGGCUACCUGUACCGGCACAACUACUGCUCCAAAGACAAAAUACCCAUCAGAAAGUACGCCGACGGUACUAUCGAUGUAGAGGAAGUGACAGAAAAUCCCAAGACAGAGGUGUGUGGCGGUGAUAAAGGGCCAUGCUGCGCUUGUCCGAAAACUGAAGCUGAGAAGCAGGCUGAGAAGGAGGAGGCCGAGUACCGUAAAGUCUUCGAGAAUUUCCUUCACAAUUCCAUCUUUGUGCCCAGGCCGGAACGGAGGCGGAGAGACGUCAUGCAAGUGGCCAACACCACCAUGUCCAGCCGAGGCAGGAACACCACAGCAGCCGACACCUACAACAUCACAGACCCGGAAGAGUUCGAGACGGAAUACCCUUUCUUUGAGAGCAGAGUGGAUAACAAGGAGAGGACUGUCAUCUCCAACCUCCGGCCUUUCACCCUGUACCGCAUCGAUAUCCACAGCUGCAACCACGAGGCGGAGAAACUGGGCUGCAGCGCCUCCAACUUCGUCUUUGCGAGAACCAUGCCGGCAGAAGGAGCAGAUGACAUUCCUGGCCCAGUGACCUGGGAGCCAAGACCUGAAAACUCCAUCUUUUUAAAGUGGCCAGAACCCGAGAACCCCAACGGAUUGAUUCUAAUGUAUGAAAUAAAAUAUGGAUCGCAAGUGGAGGAUCAGCGGGAAUGUGUGUCCAGGCAGGAGUACAGAAAGUACGGAGGGGCCAAACUUAACCGUCUAAACCCAGGGAACUACACAGCCCGGAUUCAGGCCACCUCCCUCUCUGGGAAUGGGUCAUGGACAGAUCCUGUGUUCUUCUAUGUCCCAGCCAAAACGACCUAUGAGAACUUCAUGCAUCUGAUCAUUGCUCUGCCGGUUGCCAUCCUGCUGAUCGUCGGGGGGCUGGUAAUCAUGCUGUAUGUCUUCCAUAGAAAGAGAAAUAACAGCAGGCUGGGCAAUGGAGUUCUGUACGCUUCUGUGAACCCUGAGUAUUUCAGCGCAGCUGAUGUGUACGUGCCUGAUGAAUGGGAGGUAGCUCGAGAGAAGAUUACCAUGAACCGGGAGCUCGGACAAGGCUCCUUCGGGAUGGUCUACGAAGGAGUGGCCAAGGGCGUGGUCAAGGAUGAACCAGAAACCAGAGUGGCCAUCAAGACAGUGAACGAGGCUGCAAGUAUGCGUGAAAGAAUCGAGUUUCUCAACGAGGCCUCGGUGAUGAAGGAGUUCAACUGUCACCAUGUGGUCCGGUUGCUGGGUGUGGUAUCCCAAGGCCAGCCCACCCUGGUCAUCAUGGAACUAAUGACACGUGGCGAUCUCAAAAGUUAUCUCCGGUCUCUGAGGCCAGAAGUGGAGCAGAAUAAUCUAGUCCUAAUUCCCCCGAGCUUAAGCAAGAUGAUCCAGAUGGCUGGAGAGAUUGCAGAUGGCAUGGCCUACCUCAAUGCCAACAAGUUCGUCCACAGAGACCUUGCUGCUCGGAACUGCAUGGUGGCUGAAGAUUUCACCGUCAAAAUUGGAGAUUUUGGUAUGACACGAGACAUCUACGAGACGGACUACUACCGGAAAGGCGGGAAGGGGCUGCUGCCUGUGCGCUGGAUGUCUCCCGAGUCCCUCAAGGAUGGCGUCUUCACUACUCAUUCCGAUGUCUGGUCCUUCGGGGUCGUCCUCUGGGAGAUUGCCACGCUGGCUGAGCAGCCAUACCAGGGCUUGUCCAACGAGCAAGUUCUUCGUUUCGUCAUGGAGGGCGGCCUUCUGGACAAGCCGGACAACUGCCCCGAUAUGCUGUUUGAGCUUAUGCGCAUGUGCUGGCAGUAUAACCCCAAGAUGCGGCCCUCCUUCCUGGAGAUCAUCGGCAGCAUCAAGGAUGAGAUGGAGCCCAGCUUCCAGGAGGUCUCCUUCUACUACAGCGAGGAGAACAAGCCUCCGGAGGAGCCGGAGGAGCUGGAGCUGGAGCUGGAUCCCGAGAACAUGGAGAGCGUCCCACUGGACCCUUCGGCCUCCUCAGUCUCCCUGCCUCUGCCUGAAAGACACUCAGGACACAAGGCUGAGAACGGCCCGGGCCCUGGCGUGCUGCUUCUCCGUGCCAGUUUUGAUGAGAGACAGCCUUACGCUCACAUGAACGGGGGCCGCGCCAACGAGAGGGCCUUGCCUCUGCCCCAGUCCUCGACCUGCUGAUCCUCGGACCCGGACCUGAAGCACAUGCAAAACAGUAACGUGUGUGCGCCCACGCGGUGGGCGGGGGCGGGGGCGGGGGGAGAGCAGGUGGUAACAAUCUAGUCACAAGCCUCCUGUACCUCAGUGGAUCUUCAGAACUGCCAUUGCUGCCCACGGGAGACGGCUUCUCUGCAGUAAACACAUUCGGGACCUUCCUUUUUUCAAUAUGCAAGCAGCUUUUUAUUUUCCCUACCCAAACCCUUAACCGACAUGGGCCUCUGCAAACCUUAAUGACAACACUUAAUAGCAACAGGACACUCGAGAAUCGAGUCUCUUCGUUCUCUGCCUUUUUCUCUCUUCUGCCUUCCCUCUCGCUCCUCUCCCCUUCCACUUCCAAGCUCUCCUUUCUCUCUUUUCUGCUUCACAGUGGAAAAAUGUUUGCGAAAGCUUAGCUGGGAAGCCUUUUAAAAAAAAAAGAAAGAAAGAAAAAGAAAACAAAAAACAAAAAUCAGAUUGACUUACUGGCUGUCCCUGGGCUCCUCACCACCCCGCGUACACCUGCCCGACACCAUAGGUCUUUACAAAGAAAAAAAAUUUCACACACCGACAUGAAUUUUUUUUUAACUGUACCCUUAACCUUUUUUAGGGUCACCCAAAAAUUUAAAAGGGCCAUUGUUCAUCUGUGGUUAUCAUUUUCAUGCUGCCAUUUUUGCCAAAAACCCUGCUUUCGGUUUGGUUUUUCCUCUCGCGAGUGUACUCCCCGCGCUGAUUUCCCCUUGUCCAGAGGCAUGGGAUGAAAGGCGGUGUCAGUUGAUAAUAAUAGCAUUUGAGAGACACAUUGCCCAGACUCCCGCUGCGCCCGGCGUGCUGUCCUAGCCCACGGCUCCUGUGUGACGACUAGGUUACCGUGGGGGAGAACCGGACAAGAUGAAGAAGGGGAAAGUGGAACUGGUUCUCCACCCCUACCCCACCCACGGCGCCCCAAGAACUCUGGAGGAAGUGGCCAUAGGCAAGCCUGAAGGUCAGGUCAGGCCGUGGGUCCAGGUGGUCCUCACACCAACCUUGUCCGCCUCCCCAGCCUCCCCCGGCCCUCCUGAGGGACUCGUCCGGCCGGCUGCUGGUUACAGAUGUGCGAGGAAGGGAUUCAGACCCACAGCAGUACGGAACAGCCCAGGCAGCGGCCGAGCAGGCUAAGCUUUCACAGGGUCUGUUCUAGGACUUCCUCAUGGGUCUCUCAGUUCUAUGUUAGACCGUGAAAUAUUUGCAUACACAUCGUCUUUAAUGUCAGUUUUAUAACUUUUUUACAGUUCACAUAUUCAUCUAUACGUCUGUACAGGAAAAGAAAGGCUGCUAUUUUUUUUGUUCUUUAUCUUUGUGGAUUUAAUCUAUGAAGCUUUCAGGUCUACCCCUUCUUCCUUUCCGCUCACUCCCAAGAAACUUCUAUGCUCGUCACUAGAGUGUGGUUUUCCAUCCUCUUCCCAGCAACUGAUGCUUCUAGGACAUAACUUGCCGUGAACUGUUUGAUGCCUUUUUAUACAUACAUCUCCCUUCCCCUGCUCCCUGCAGCCCCUCUCUAUCCUCUAACCCGUGGGCUCUGAGCACAGUGCUGGUAUGGGGUGGGGAGGAUGGGAAGCCAGAACCCACGUACUCCUGGGCCCCGCUCUCUCCCUUCCGCACCUCCCGCCACUCACAGCAUUGGAGUCUGUUACAGUGCGAGGCAGCCAAAACUCAGGUCAGAAACAAAAAGGUUAGAAAUCUCACACAUCCUGGUUUAGUGUUUCUAGUCCCCGUUGUUGAAAGUCACACUUUACUUUCUCUCUUUGCUUUGGUUGUCACACACACCACAUACACACACACCACAUACCACACACACACACACACACACACACACAAUUUUGGGAUAUAAUAGCAGUUUUAACUGAAGACAGCAGUCAUUGGAUUAUUAUUAUUUUAAUGAAUAUUUGAUCCUCCUAUCCCACCAAAAAAAUAAAUAAAAUAGCUGCUCAAGUCACCAGAGUACAACAGAGCUGGCCUAGUGACCAAUCUGUCACCUUCUUCCAUCUUCACUAGACCAGCUUGUCAGAAGGGAUGGCAUCUUCGGGUGAGCAGGGAGUGAGACGCCAACACCGCGGCCAGGGCAGUGACCUCAGCCGGUUCUACAGCCCAAAGCAGAGCAGAGCUGACCCAUGGUGGCCCUAGAACCUUAACCAGAAUCCGGGAGCUCUGGGCCUGGGCUCCUGUUUAGUUCAGAUGUAACGCUUCUCACCAGAGGAGUGACAGCGAGAGAGAUGCUUCCAGGUGACAAUAUUUAAGUUAGGGGUAGGAAAACUGUUGGAAGGUGCUGGUCGCGGUUGUGACUGGGGAUGAGACGCAGAGAAGACAGCUUGGAGCUGUCUGGCUUGUCUCUACUUGCAGGCUGAUGGCGUUCACUCGCCUCUGCCCCACGGCGUUUCCCCUUAACAAAGAGAAGAGGAGGAGGGGGAAAAGGCUUAUUAAGAAGGUAUUUCAUGUAGGAGUUUUAAUUUAUUUGGUGAUACCUGUUUUAAUCACUGUAGAGAAGCCCCUGUUAUGAAUUUAAACGUUGAGGAAAAGGUGUAUGUAUCUCUGUGUAUGUGUGUAUUAGAUGGGACAGUUUUUGGUUUGGGGGAGGGGGUUGUUAUUCAAACAUUUAUCUACCUCACUCUUGUUUUUCGUGUGUGUGUGUGUGUGUGUGUGUGUGUGUGUGUGUGUGUGUGUACAAUACAUCUCACACUUCUCAGUACCUGACAGUAGGCCAGUGAUACUGGUAACUCAUCCACUCCACAGGCCACAUACCCAGGUGAAGCGGAGAGGAGCUAGGGUUCAAAGCAACACUAACUCAAUCAGCCUUCCCCCCCGCCCCCCGCCCUGUCUCCAAAAGCCCACCUCUCCUAGGGCGACUUUGGUCUUUCUCCUCACCUGGUUUCCGCCUUUCAACCCAGCAGCCACCAUGAGCACAGAACACAGCAGUAGAGGGGGUCGCCGGCCCGUCCUCAGCUGACUGACUUUGGAACAGAACUUUAUAUACAGAUUGAAUGACUAACAAAUUCUAUCCCUAAGAGAGCAGGUACUCCCAGGUUUUGAGGGCAGGAGGCACCCACACAUAGGUUGUCUGAGAGUCCCAAUGUGUGCACAUGUCAGGGUGUCCCAUCGGCCCCCUCAGCUGCUCCUCUGAGACCUGCACGGUGGCAGGGGCAUGCCACCAUUGCUGUCUUAGCAUUGGUUCCUCUUGGAGGUACAGCAGUCAGGGAGCUGUCCCUCACCCCUCUGCUUCUGACAGAAGGCCAGUAUAAUAAAGGGGGCGGAGACAAAGCCUGUGCCCCCUGCAGGCUGCUGUCCUUCCCUCCUCUUCCCUGCCCCACCCCCCACCCCCCAGGGCUCAACAAAGACUGACCAAAUCUUGAGGCUGGAAGGCCGGCGGUUGGCACCUAGCCUUCCCUGUGCUCUGCCUCUGUCCGCCCCAUCCGUCUGCUGCUCACGGGCGGACAGUGCAAUCCUCAACUCCAGCAGCUGCUCUUACGGGCCCUGGGGACUUCAGCUGGGAAACACGGUGGCCGGUCUCUUCCCCCCAGUGUGGAGAACUGCCUGACAGUUCAGUUAAGCUCAGGAGUCCUUUGCCUCCUGCCAGAAUGCUGCCCCUCCUCUGGGUUCCUAGAUGCUCACAGGGUCACUGGGAGAUACUGUUUGAUCAGGGUUUUCUUCUACACUGUAGGUGACUCUGGUAUAGUGGCCUCUCCUCUCUUGCACAUACCUGCCGGUUUUCCACAACUGGAUUUCUACAGCUCAUUCAAUUGAUUUUAAGGGUUUUUCUUUUUUUUUCUCUUAUUUUUGAAACUGUCCGAGUUGUUGGUGUUCUUUUGUUUUUGCAUGGGUGUUUUUUUUUUAAGUAGAGAGACAGCACCAACGGCGUAGAGUCUGUCCGUCAUAACAAAUGCUCCAGAAACACUUAAAUAAAAAGUCAGCUUGUAUGAGGGUGCAGUCAUUCCGCUGGACCGACCCGCCCUGACUAUCGCAAGGCAUCCUAUCCACAGUUCUAGCCUGAUUUCACGCUGACGUUCCCCGCCUCUUCCUGAUUUUUCUCUUUAUAUGCUUCAAGUACUCUUACCAAGCUGAGUCGUGGCCUUUUUCACGCAUCCCCCUCUUCUGACAGGAGCUCACACUGCUUGAAGUAACACGAACCACUGAGGCACAGCAUGCAGGUGACGUGAAGGCCCAGGUGUCCCCCACCAGGUCCCAGGUGACCUUCCUGAGUCGUGGAGAUACAGUUGAACCUGAGCUAUGUGAGGACACUUCCCCAUCUCCUUUCAGGAAUGUCUUAACGUUGGAUUCAUAGUCAGGAUGUGGCUUCCUCCUUGAGAUAUAAAAGACUGUUCAAGGCCAUUCCUGGUCCCCCCCACCCCCCUCCUGCCUGUUUUCUUAGGACUCGGGGCAAUUCAAUGGUAGGAAAAGCAGCUUCAUAAAAUAGAAAAGUGAUCAUGGUGAGAGGAGCAGAUGGCAGUGUGGUGUACAGGAGUGUUUCUGGGGUGGGCUGACAGAUGGAUGCACUCUGUGUGGUGCCAAGUUCUAAGCCCGAGUUCCCAGAGCCUCAGCCUCAGCAGCCUAUCUCUGGUUGGCAGUGGCUAUACCUGAGGCAAGCAAGUAGUGGUGGCACGGUCGCACUGAGCUCCUGUGUGCGGGAAGUCUGGGAUGCUUUACCCAAGCUCCUCUUUAGUCAUUGUUGGGUCCUCUGAGAGUGGCCACACAGUGCUGAAGGCAACUCCUUUCCUAAACAUUAGCAUCCUGAAGGAGACAGGACCACCCCGUCAAAAUGCUCUGGCCCAUUUUAGCAGUAAUGAAUUUAUGGUUUGGGUUUUGGUUUUUGUUGUUUUUAAUGUUACUGUUAUGUCUGUCUGAUGUCUCUUUUCAUUUCCUGGGCUAAGCAGCUGCAUUGAGAGCCCUGGACCAGAGAGAUCCAACUCCUUAAGAACCAGUGACCAUGGUCAAACUUUUAUCGGUCCACUUUGAACUAGGUGGUGGUACAAAUGAGAACUUCAAGACAGGAUGUUUGUUUAAAAUUGAACCUCUCUUCCCAGAGAGAUGCUGAAGAUACAGACCUUGGACAGGCCAGGGGUCUUUGCUUUGGGCUUUCAGCUUGGAUGACCAGUUGGCGAUUUAGAGAAACGGACAUUCCUUGGUGGGAUGACAGAGUAACGGUGCAAUAGGUAACCAUGGUAACCGCAUCGUGGCAUGAAGGGAAUUGCUGACAGAGGGAAAAGGGCCUGGAAGAAGCAUGGACCAUAUUUGGACUCAAUGGUUUCUGAAGGUGUCAGACCACAUGGAGGCGGUGGAGUCAUCUGCGGGCAUUUGGUUUCAGAUAAGAAACUCAGCAUCCUGCUCUGGAAGCUUCUCCCAGAGCUAAGUCCCAUGUCGAAGAACUCAGACUCCUUCACGCUCAUCAGAUGAGUUGUCAGUCUGGGGCAUGACGUUAGGGAUUUAUUUUAUUUUUGUUUCUGUGAGAACUCAUAAUCACUGAUUUGUGUGUCCACAUUUGUGUCUGCAUCUUUCCAGUAAAAACAUUCUUCAAAUUACUCAUUAUCGUUUCCAAUAGGGCUUCUAAGUCCAGUAGAUUACGGGUAGUCGUUGACGAAGAUCUGGUUUACAAGAACUAAUUAAAUGUUUCAUUGCAUUUUUGUAAGAACAUAGAAUAAUUUUAUAAAAUGUUUGUAGUUUAUAAUUGCCGAAAAUAAUUUAAAAACACUUUUUUUUCCUCUCUCUGUGUGCAGAAAUAUAUGUUUGUGGUCUUUUUUUCCCUUUGUUUUCUUUUUCUUUUUUGACACUUGUUUACUAGCUAGCUUUACAAUAUGCCAAAAAUAAAAAUAAAAAAAAAAUUAAAAAGAAAUUCUCCCCAGGACCCAAAUUGUGGUUCACUCUCUUUCCCACAUGCUUUCUGCUCUAGUUUGUAAAAAAAAAAACAAAAACAAAAACAAAAAUAUAAAAAGAUAAAAAUAAAAACAAACACAAAAAACAAAAACAAAACAAAGAAAUGCCAGUGGUUUAAAAAGCCCUUCUGUAUUCUUCAGUACCUUGAUCCUGGAACCCUUUGCUGGGGAAAGGAAUUACCUGUUUCUUACUGUCCCUUGUGGAGUGCAGCAGCCUAAACAGAUGGAAAGAACUCAGAAUCUUGCUGGCCAUGGAAUAGUAUGAUGCCACCCAGCAAAGAGAUGGCACUCAGUGGGGACAUCUGGCUGGUGUGGCUGGUUCUAGUUCUGCAGCUCCAUGGAGAUGGGAGGGUUUCAGGACACUGGAAUGGCCUCACAGUGAUCACGUGAUUCUGAUGUGCAGGCCGUUGGCUCACGUGCCUCAGAUCCUAAUGGAAGCUGUGCCUACCUGUAUUUAAUGGCCAACGCCGAAGGUCCACGUUUUCUAAUACAGAACAAACUGGUAACAAAAACCACAACGUGUGCCCCCUCACCCCCUUUUGUAGAAUUAAAAUCCAUGUCCUUUGGCCCCCCAUGCAUUAUUGGCCAUGUCUCUGGUUCCACAAGAUACCGUUGUUGAAAACAUCUGGAAUUUUCUAACUGCUGGAAAAGGUCUAGGAAGUGUUUGUGGGUUUGGUUUGGUUUUUCAGUUUCUCGUGGGUGUUGGGCAGUGGGCAGACAUGUCAACAGGUGCAGCAGGUGCCUACCUGGUGACAUCUCCUGUCUGUGUCCUAAGCCAGCAAGGUUAAAGGGAGAGCUUUGCCAGAGUUCGUCUACCUCUGGGAUUAAAAAAAAAAGAAGAAGAAGAAGACUCGAUGGAAUGGACACGUGGCCAAGAAUGCAUUUCUGAGUUUUCUUGUUAAAUUUUUUCUUAAAAAAGAGAAAAAAGUCUAAAAAAGAUAAUAAUAUGGCCAAUUUGUUACAUAAAAUAACUUUCUGUGUAUAAAUUAUUCCUAAAAAAAUCCUCUGUUUAUAUAUAAAAGAAAAUCAGUAGAUGAAAAAAAUUCAAUGUUUUUUGUAUAUUCUGUUGUAAGAAUUUAUUCCUGUUACUGCGACAUACUCGGGAUUCUUUACAUUAUGAAAAAAGAAACUUUGUCUAUUUUGAAUGGCUGAAGCUAAAGGCCACUUGAGUCUAUUACUCUGCUUUUUUCUAGUAGUUAAAGUACCACAUGGAUUAAGUUAAAUAAAAGAAUUCUGUAUGCA